AUCCACAAAGAGAACAAACCAUUAACAUGGGGUUGUGCAAUAUUUCCCUAGCUCUCCUUUUCAUUUUAGGCUCAGUCCUUAUCCAAUCCUCUCAUGCCCAAGACACACAAGACUACCUCAAGUCCCACAACGACGCUCGAGCAGCAGUAGGCGUUGGUCCCUUGACGUGGGAUGACAAAGUAGCAGGCUAUGCACAAAACUACGCCAACCAACAUGUUGGUGACUGCAAUCUCGUGCACUCCGGUGGGCCAUACGGCGAAAACCUUGCCAUGAGCACUGGUGACAUGUCGGGAACAGCGGCUGUGGACAUGUGGGUGGCGGAGAAAGCCGACUACAGUUAUGAGUCGAACUCUUGUGCUGAUGGAAAGGUGUGUGGGCAUUAUACACAGGUGGUUUGGCGUAACUCGGCUCGUGUAGGGUGCGCAAAAGUUAGGUGCAGUAGUGGGGGUACCUUCAUUGGAUGCAACUAUGAUCCCCCAGGCAACUAUGUUGGGCAGAAGCCAUACUAGCUAUGGAAGAAUCAACAACCACUCUAGCAG